AUGGGAUCCAAAAACAGACGUGGCGCCCAAGCCGCCCCCAGCGAAAUCAUUCCCAAACACCCUUCCGAGAUCACAGCCCACCCCAACAUCGCCCUCACAGGCAAUAUCCUCACUCUCACAAUCGACUACUGCGGACCCGGCAGCCCGAUCGCAAAAUCCACCUUCAUGCAAUCUCUCCUCUCCAUCCUCCCGGACUACGCACCCUAUGUCAAUAUUCUCCAACUCAGCAUCCAUGCCGGCAUCCCCCACAUGGAACCCCCCAGCGUCUAUAUCUCGCACAUUGCGGAUAUGAAAUCAAUCGUUGGAGAAGUUAACAAGUUUAAGAAGUGUGGGCAAGUUAGAGUUAGGAUGUUGGUUGAUUGUUGCAGUUUCCCGCAGAUGAAGCUGGCGGCUGCGAUGUUUGGUCUGAGACAGGAUGUUCAGCGCACUUUGCAGUAUGUAGUUAAGGGCGAGGAACCGGUUGGUGUGAACCAGGAUGAUGAUACGAUGAGAAGAUUGUCUGGGGUUUGGAGAAAGGAGUUUUGUGAGGGGUUAAAGGGCUUAGGAUGGGAUGGGUUAGAGGUUUGCCGGGGAGGGAGAUGA